CUCUCUCUCUCUCACACACACACACACACACACGCGCGCGCGUGCACGCGUGUUUACCUCUCUCCGGUCUCGCCGCGCGCAGCAGUCGUGCGUCUCGCGCACUGAAUGGUCUCUCCGGAUUUACGAGCGCGCGCAGCUCUCGGGGGCUCCGUGGUCAAUAAGCGCGCGCCCUGUGGGAUCUGACUCGAUGGAGUGUGUGUGAUGGAGUGUGUGAUGGAGUGUGUCCCGUAGAGAGGAAUCACAGCAGCACCGCGGGCAUGGAGGAGAGAAUAACGGGAUUAGUGCUGCUCCUGCUGCUGAGCGGCGCGUGCGUCUAUGCACAGGUUCACAGGCAGGUCAGACUGGAAAUGUCAACCAAUGGGAUUUGUCAUUAUGGGAACAGAGUGGAUUGCUGUUGGGGCUGGACACGGGAGAGCUGGGGACAGUGCAAACCGGUGUGUGAUUUGGGCUGUAAACACGGCGAGUGUGUCAGUCCGGAUCAGUGCCGCUGUCACCAGGGAUACACGGGCAAGACAUGCAACCAAGAUGUGAACGAGUGUGGACUGAAGCCACGGCCAUGUAAACACCGCUGUAUGAACAUGGUGGGCAGUUAUAAGUGUUUCUGUCUCACGGGGUACAUGAUGAGCCACGACGGCACCUGCAGCAACGCGCGGACGUGUGGGAUGGCCAACUGUCAGUACGGCUGUGCUGUGAUGAAGGGGGAGGUCAUGUGUCAGUGUCCGUCACCAGGGUUACGGCUCGGCCCCGACCGCAGGACAUGUGUAGAUAUUGAUGAGUGUGCAACGGGCAUGGCUAAGUGUCCGAGGUUCCGGAAGUGUGUGAACACAUUUGGCAGCUACAUCUGCAAAUGUCACAAGGGCUUUGAGCUACGCUACGUCAAUGGCAAAUACCAUUGUACAGAUAAAAACAACCCCUGCUAUGAAAAACCUGACUCCAAAAAAUGCAGAUGUAGACCUGGGACCAGGGGGUGGAGCUAUGACUGCAAAUUUGUUAUUACAGUGUCUGUUGAUGCAGCCAAACCAUUUAUAACUCCCAGACCUACAACUAAAAUCACCAUAGCAACAUCCACCUUGACUACCAGCCCACCAACCACAACCAAGAAACCAACCAUGACAACAAUUACAAUGACAACAACCACUUCACCAACAACAACCACCAUAACACCAACAACCACAAUACCAACUACAACCACCACAGCACCAACAACCACAAUACUAACUACAACCACCACGGUACCAACAACCACAAUACCAACUGCAACCAGCACAACACCAACAACCACAAUACUAACUACAACCACCACAGCACCAACAACCACAAUACCAACUACAACCACCAAAGUACCAACAACCACAAUACCAGCUGCAACCACCACAGCACCAACAACCACAAUACUAACUACAACCACCAGUACCAACAACCACAAUACCAACUGCAACCACCACAGCACCAACAACCACAAUACUAACUACAACCACCAUAGUACCAACAACCACAAUACCAACUACAACCACCAUAGUACCAACAACCACAAUACCAACUACAAUAACCACAAUACCAACAACAACCACCACAGCAUUAACAACCACAAUACCAACAACAACCACCACAGCAUUAAUAACCACAAUACCAACAACAACCACCACAUCACCAACAACCACAAUACCAACAACAACCACCACAGCACCAACAACCACAAUAUCAAUAACAACCACCACAGCACCAACAACCACAAUACCAACAACAACCACAGCACCAACAACCACAAUACCAACAACCACCACCACAGAACCAAAACCACAAUACCAACAACAACCACAGCACCAACAACCACAAUACCAACAACAACCACCACAGCAUUAACAACCACAAUACCCACAACAACCACAAUACAAACUACCACCACCAUAGAAUUAACAAGCACAACACCAACAACAACCACCACAGCAUCAACAACCAUAAUACCAACAACCACAACAACUACUGUUGCUGUGACAAAAAUGACAACUACUUUAGCUACGACAAGGGCAACAUCCACCACGACACUGCCCACAACCGUGCAGCUAAUCAUCACCACCACACUGGAUAACCACAUACAGGAGAUCACGCAGAGGCAGCGAGGAGACGUACACAUCCCAAGGAAUCCUGAGCAGAACGUGUUCGAGCUGGAUUUUGAUGAUAUUGAAUUAGGGAACACGGCUGAUUUUGCACGUGAUGAUCCAGCUGCUGGCUCUUUGAGCUGUUCUUUUGAUCAGGGUGUGUGCAGUUGGAUGACGGAUCAGGAAGGAGAUCUGUGCUGGGAGACAGUCGCUGAUCCACGCGGUGGGCAGUACCUGGCAGUACCAGAGCCAAAGACAGGGAGGAGUUUCAGAGGUGCACGUCUCACAAUCCCAUUAACCCCGCCCCCAACUUCUCCUUGGAAAGAGAGUGAUCUUUGCCUGGCAUUUCGGCACCACCUUCAAGGGCUUCUCAUUGGCUCCCUGCAGGUUUUUGUGAAAAGGGGGUGGGGUUACAGCCCUGCAGUCUGGACAAGGGCAAGCGGACAAGGGUGGAGACAGGCCCAAAUCACACUGUGGGGGCGGGGCAUCAAAAGUGUAAGUGUGGUGUUUAAGGGAGAGAGGCGGAAGGGGCGGAGCGGAGAAAUCGCCAUUGACGACGUGAGCAUUCACAGAGGAGCGUGUAGGGACAGAGAUCGGGACUGACACACACACACACACACACACACACACACACACACACACACACACACAACAAUAAAUCAUUACAGGGGUGACCGCAGGUGUGGACUUUUAACACUCAAGCUCUCCACGUGGGAAGCAUGGAAACCUCAUGCCACAGCGAAGUCCUGUCCUGGGGAUGACACAGAAGAGAAAAGUUCACCAUAAAAGUGUUUUUUUUACCACAUGCAGAAAACAGACUGCUUUAAAAAAUGACUUCAUUUGAACUCAGUACCAGCAAAGAGACGAAAUGCAGGAAGAAUCGUCCCCACACAGGACCAUGAAAAUAUCUUAUUAUUCACACUCUCAUUCUGACCAAUGGGCAAGCAGGGGGCGUGUCCUCUAGUGUUACUAUGAAUGACAUAAAACCACUUUGUGUUAUUUAGCUGUGUGUGUGUGUGUGUGUGUGUGUGUGUGUGUGUUAGAAUUGAGUCCUGGUUUUGAAACUCUUUAUAAGUCUCAAAGGUCAAAGGUCAUAUUUUCUACAAUUCAUUAUUAUAUAAUAAACACAAGAUCUGGAACUGUUGACUUCAUAAACAUAAGAAACAUUUUUACAGGAACAAACAAACGUUUUUGUGGACAAACAAACUGGAACACAGGAACAUUUCACUGGAACACAGGAACAUUUCACUGGAACACAGGAACAUUUCACUGGAACACAGGAACAUUUCACUGAACACAGGAACAUUUCACUGAAACACAGGAACUUACAGAAAAACAUGGAACUGUUUCUUAUUUCAUGAACACAGGAAUGUUUUUAUAAGAACACGGGAACAUGGACAGAGGAACCCUUUACUGGACAUGUUUUUGUGAAAGCAGGAACCUUUUCAGAAUGAUGUGGACCUGGUUGUUAUUUCACAGCACAGGGACGACUCUCUUCAUGUGAUUAUAGAUUUAUACUUUUUGCUCAUUAGCAUAAACAAUUAUUUACAUUUUA